GCCAGCGCUAACUGGAUGAUUCCGCCGGUGCCUCCUCCCCCUACUCCCUUCAUGGCGUCAGGGUCUAGUGUGAGCGCUGGGGAGAUCUUCAUCACUCUUGCCAGCGCUGGCUGAGCUGCAGCAUCCCUGAGCAAGGCGGCCACUCAGCCAAGGCGUGAAACCGCCUGGACUGGAGAGAUCCCAGCUAGGACCACUUCGUUCCUGGAGCACUGGUCAGUGAAGCUGGAGAGAGGAGGAGAAGGGGAGAAUAGAUCAGUUUGCUCCGGAGCCUGUGAUUCUGCUCACCAGGGUGUUGAUCAGCCCCUGCUGCGCGGUGGGGGAGCGGUGGGGCUGGGGACAGAGCGGGAGGCUUUCAGUUCUGAUUGCACGAAGGAACUUUGGUUGGACAACACUGAGCAGGGCUCCAGCUGGCAUCUUCCUUAGCCAGCCCAACCCUUCCUCCUCCCCGCGCUUCGUCCGACAGGUGAAGCAGAAUGGCCCCAGACUGUGAGCGUUUGGGAAGCUUUAAGGUGGCUGCGUAAGACAAGGAGUUGCUGCCUGGAAAGGAGACGAGUGUCCAGAGAAAGCAUCCUCAAAUGUUCCUGCUCACAAGGGACACAAGAGAAAUGGAACCUGGCUGUUAAAGGCGAGCCGUGAAGAAAAGGAUCUCUGCAGGGCGUGCGGCUAAACGGAACAAGGUGGCCCGAAUGCAGCACAUCUGAAGGAAUGCAGCUCAUCCCACUGCGUGGACUAGCCCCUGGGAUCAGCGCGGGUUAAAAAUCGGACCCGGGCGCAGCGUGCAGAGGGACUGGAAGCCAUCCGAGUAGCAGCCACGCUUCAGACAGCCCCUUGGUUCUCCCUGCUGCUCUGCCCGCCCCCAGCUCGGCAGCUCCCCACCUCCUUACUAAAGGACACCAGAGAGCCACUCGUUAACACUCAGGGGACCUCCCCUCCCCAGCGGGAGGUCUCUGCUAAGCUGCAUCCGCUGCCACCAUCCACCCAGCUUCACACCCCGCUCUCUUUUGCCCCCUGGCCAAGACUUUGCAAAUGAAAGCUGCGGUGCUGGGGAUUGCAGCCUGUGGGAGGAUCAGCGUAACGGGACAGGGUGGGAAGCAGUGGUGCCGGCCUCCCGGAACAUGGAUCGAUUCGCCAGCAGAUUCCCACCUCUUAGGAACAUGGCCGUGUGGUGCUUCAUCCUGCUCCGAUCAGUAUCCAUCCAGGACCGGACUCACAGCCACGCCGAGGAGCGCCUCUUCAAGUACCUGUUCACCAGCUACAACCGGUGGUCCCGGCCAGUCCCCAACAUCUCCGACGUCGUCAUCGUCAGAUUUGGGCUGUCCAUCGCUCAGCUGAUCGACGUGGAUGAGAAGAACCAAAUGAUGACCACAAACGUCUGGCUGAAACAGGAGUGGAGUGACUACAAGCUGCGCUGGAACCCGGCGGACUUCGAUAACGUCACCUCCAUCCGGGUGCCCUCUGAGAUGAUCUGGAUUCCUGACAUUGUGCUGUAUAACAACGCUGACGGGGAGUUCGCCGUAACGCACAUGACCAAAGCCCACCUCUUCUCCAACGGCAAGGUGAAGUGGGUGCCGCCGGCCAUCUACAAGAGCUCGUGCAGCAUCGACGUGACCUUCUUCCCCUUCGACCAGCAGAACUGCAAGAUGAAGUUUGGCUCAUGGACGUACGACAAGGCCAAGAUUGACCUGGAGAGCAUGGAGCGCGACGUGGACCUGAAAGACUACUGGGAGAGCGGGGAAUGGGCCAUCAUCAACGCCGUGGGCACCUACAACACCAAGAAAUAUGACUGCUGCACGGAGAUCUACCCCGACAUCACCUACUGCUUCAUCAUCCGGCGCUUGCCCCUUUUCUACACCAUCAACCUCAUCAUCCCCUGCCUGCUCAUCUCCUGCCUGACCGUGCUGGUCUUCUACCUGCCCUCCGACUGCGGGGAGAAGAUCACCCUCUGCAUCUCCGUGCUGCUCUCCCUCACUGUCUUCCUGCUGCUCAUCACCGAGAUCAUCCCUUCCACCUCGCUGGUCAUCCCCCUGAUCGGCGAGUACCUCCUCUUCACCAUGAUCUUCGUCACCCUCUCCAUCGUCAUCACCGUCUUCGUCCUCAACGUCCACCACCGCUCGCCCAGCACCCACAAGAUGCCCCGCUGGGUGCGUGCCGCCUUCCUGGACUUCAUCCCCCGCUGGCUUUUCAUGAGACGGCCUCCGGUGCUAACCCCCCGGCAGGGGCUGAGCGGGGAGUAUGACCCGCCUGGCGUCGGGCUCAGCACCUCCAGGGGCUGGCUGGAAACGGACGUCGAUGACACAUGGGAGGAGGAGGAGGAGGAAGAGGAGAGGAGGCACCCCGGGUGCGCGCCACUCCAGACAGGCUCCCACAAACACAGCGUCCAAUACCGCUCCGGCUGCGGCCGCCACCUGGGCAGGGGGCGGGGGGCCCGGGCACAGCGCCCGCCUGCCAAAGGGGACAGCUUGGGGUCGGAUCCCCGCCUGCUGCUGUCCCCCAGCAUUCUGAAGGCCUUGGAGGGGGUGCACUACAUCGCAGACCACCUGCGGGCCGAGGACGCUGAUUUCUCGGUGAAGGAGGACUGGAAGUAUGUUGCUAUGGUAAUAGACCGGAUAUUCCUCUGGAUGUUUAUCAUCGUCUGUUUGCUGGGGACCAUCGGCCUCUUCCUCCCUCCCUUCCUGGCUGGGAUGAUAUAGGGUCUGUGCCCGGCCCGGAAGGUGGUCCUGCUCCCAGACCUGUGCCCAGGGCUGGGGAAGGGACAAACUAACCCACCCUGACUAUGGAGCCACCUUGGGCUUGUCCACACUGGAGGAACAUUGUCAAGCCACAACCCCAUUUGAACUCCCGCUCGUCCCGGUUAAUACCAGCAGAGCGCCAGUGCCGAAGCCACACGUUCGCUGGGCCCGUAGAUGCUCACACGCGUCUGGUUUGUACCAACAAGUGAACAGCGCUGGGCAGUUGGGGUGGGAGAACCCUACAGUGAAACCCCAACAAGAUUUUUUCUUGAGUCGCUGAAACUGCUUAAAACAAAGCGGAUCAGAAGGGAACCGCCCGGGGUGCUCUGCAUUUGAAAUUAACAUGCCCGUAGCUACCUAGCAAGGGAGCAGGUGCGCCCCCUACGAUGGGAACACAUUGCUCACGUUGGUUUGGUGACAAGGUUCAUUUCAUACUGUUCCUCCCAGCCACACACAGUUACCGAGUCCACUUUCUCCCCCAGGUGCAAACAUAACCCACUGGUCAGGGUGUUAGAGGUCCCCAUCGGUAGCCUGCAGCUGGGAAGCUCUAUCUCUAGCAGCUCAUGAUUUUAGCUACGGAGGUCCCCGGGUCAAUCCCCAGGGGACAGCCAUGGCAUAAGCAUCCCAAGAGUUAAUUCGGGUGAUUGGCACCCGGGUCAGCCUAGCCCAGGGAGCAACCUCACUGCAAAGCCGUGCCUGUGUCCUCACUAGCACUGCGCGGCGUGUGUGGGGCUAGGACUUGUGAGGGCACGUCCCAUGGUUCUUUGUGCUGCUCUACGAUUCUUCUCCAUGGAGCCGGGAGAGAACUUGUCUGUCCUUCCGGGUACACAGGGGGAAUUGUGGGAAGGCACUGGAGGACUAUCAGCAGCUGAGCCUGUGUCCUCACCGCAAAGCCGGCAGGUUCCAGGCUGAAGGGAAAGCAGCACCUACCCCCUCAGCGGGGCCAGCUAACCCAGGGUGAAAUUCACUCCAGUGCUCAGGGCUGGCCCAAGAGCUAGUCACCACUUUCAGCCGUGUUCUGCCCAGAACGCCCAUUGCAGGUGAGAGCUGCCUGGAAGUUCUUUUCAAAGCAAACAAACAUUUGGG